AUGGGGUCGGGAUCCAGCAAAGAGGUCUUCUCCGAGGGAGCGUGGAUUUUGGUCCUCGGCCUGCUGGUGGCGGCGGCUGCGGGCCAGGAUCCCAGAACGAGGAACCAGAAACCGGUGAAACCGAUUCUCGAUCUACGUCCGGCGAGGCUGCCGAGGCAGUUGGAGCCCCCGCAGGCUUUCGGGGUUCCUAUCUCCCAACCCUCGGCGAAGGCGGCGCCGGCCGCCCGUGCCGCCCCCGAGAAGUUGCAGCAGAAGAGGCAGCUGAGCGACAUCGGGAGCCUCGACUUCGGGAGUCCGCUCGGCCUACCGAUCCUAGGCUCGUCAUCGCUGAAGUCGAACGCAGUGCCCGGCUCGAUCGAUGUGAAGCCCAUCAUCGACCUUAAGCUUCACGUUAAGGCGCUCGAAGAGCCAUCAGCCACUUCCCAUGUGAGUUUCCUGACCGGAGGCCAGCUGCAGAGGAGGAACCACCACUUCGACAGCCACCACGAGGCUUCCCAUAAGCACCACCAUCAUGGACACCACCAUGGUCAUCAUCAUGGGCAUCACCACGGGCAUGACCACCACCACGGCCACAGCCACGAACACCACGCCCACCAUCAUCAUGAUAACCACCACAAACACCAUGCCGAGCACAAGCACGACCACCACCAUGACCAAAAGCACCACCACGACCACCACCAGGACCACAAGCACCACCAUGGACACAAGCACGAACAUGGGCACGAGCACAAGCACGGCCACGAGCACCACCAGGAGCACAAGCACCAUGCCGACCACAAGCACCACCAUGGCCAUGAGCACAAACACGGACAUGACCACAAACACGACCACAAACACGGGCACGAGCACAAGCACCACCAGGAUCACAAGCACCACCAUGGGCACGACCACCACUCCCACCACGAGCAUCACGAGGAGCACAAGCACCACGGGGAGCACCACCAUCACCACAAACACCACCACAAAAACGAACAUCACCACCACCAUGAACAUCAUCACGUGAACGAGCACCACCAUCACCACAGCCACAAGGAGACCGAGACCCACCACCACCAUCACGGACACGACCACAAGAACGACCACAAGCACGAGCACAAGGAGGAGCACGGUCACCAUCACGGACACGACCACCAUCAUGGUCACCAUGAGGAGCACAAGCACCACCAUCACGAGGAUCACAAGCAUGAUCAUCACGAGGAGCACAAGCAUGGUCACCACGAGGAGCACCAUCACGACCACCACAGUGACCACAAGCACGACCAUGGCCACGAGCACAAGGAGCACCAUGACGAGAAGCACCAUCACCACCAUCACGAGGAGCACAAGCACGGCCAUCACGAGGACCACGGUCACAAGCACGACCAUGAGCACAAGCACGGCCACAAGGAGGAGCACCACCACGGCCAUCACGAGGACCACCAUCACCACCAUCACGAGGAGCACAAGCACCAGCAUCACGGUGACCACAAGCACGGCCACGAGCACAAGGGCGAACACAAGCACCACCACGACCACAAGGAGCAUCACGAUCACCACGAGGACCACAAGCAUCACGAGGAACACAAGCACCACGAGGACCAUCACCAUAAACAUGGCCACCACCAUCACGAGGAUCACAAGCAUCACUCCGACCACCACCACAAACACGGCCAUGAGCACCACAGCAAGCACCACGAAGGCCACCAUCACCACGUCUUCGACAAGCACGACCACCACCACGACGCCCACCACAGCCACCAUGCCCACCAUGGGCACAAGUUCGCGUUCGGGGCGUCACACCAGCACGGCGAGUACGCCUUCCCGGAGGGAUCCGCGACGGCCCCUAAGAAGAUCACCGCCACCCUGGCGUCCAUUUCUGACGUCGUCAAGGGCUCCAAGGAGCCGGCCACGGCGGAAAACAAGCACGGUGCCUUCACCAUCCAGAUAUAA